CCUCAUUUCCACCAUGCAUUACCUUCCUUCCUUGGCGUGUUGGUUCUUCCUCCUCUGCAUCUCCAUCUCCAGUGGGGCUGCCGAGGAAGAACAAGAGCCUGAUCCCACGGGUACCUUGGACAUUGACUUGGUCUUCCCGCGCAACGAGACAUACAAUCCCACGCCAAUGAUGCCCGUUGUUUUUUCUUACCGAAACCCCAAGCUCAUAUCUGUUCUUCGCCCUCAUAUCAUGUACCAAUUCUGGGAGUACAAUAAAUUCGAUGGGCGUGGUACCGGUGGACAGAUUGCUGCUCCAUACGUUAACACCUCUUCCACCGACGACCCUCAUUUUGAACAUCACUUCUUCAGAACCCCAUUCAACACAGAAGGCCAAUGGAAAUUGGUUGUCCACUUUUCUUGGUUCAAUUGCUACAAGGAUCCCGAUCGCUCCUUCGCUUACUUGGACAACAACAACACCAUUCGGAUGAAUGGCACUUCGGUCAGUGUUGUCUUCACAACAACGGGCCCCUCCAAGCAAGUCGACCUCAAUGCUGCAACGAGCAACAAAAAUUGUUCGGCUCCCGCUGGAAUCGCCAUCGACGUGAGAGACACACUCAGAACACCUCAACAUGAACGUCGUGAAGACUAUGACCGAGAGUUCUGCCCAGUUGUCCCAUCAGUAACCAAGGCGGAUAAGUGCGAUGUCACGAUGGGCCCUUCAGCUGCAUCAAGCGUCAGUGCCGCUAUGACUUCUUUCGUAUGCGCGUUCACCAUCAACAAGACGGAAAUUCCCGAGGAGGUCGAUUGUUCAGUUUUGAAAGAGAGUAUGGCAAUGCCUAUUGUUUUCGGAGGGACGACAUUUCUGGCCUUCGUACUAGGUGCCUUGGGAUACCUCGUAUGGUCUUGAAACCCUUUCUCCUCCAUUCAUGUUUGGCACAGUAGUUCAACCGAUAGAUGUUUUCCAAUAUGUCAAUGAUUCGAUACACUUGACGCAUUGUGAGUAAAUUAAGAGAGGAGAAAUCCCG